AGCCGAAAGAAAAGCGUAAUUUUAAAGGAAAUUUCAGCAAAAAUAACAUCAAUUAACGAGAAAAAAGGCGAAAAAUCAGCAGAAAACACGUUGGUUAACAGCGUAACAGUGAGAAAGAAAGAAAAACAAAGCUAAAUGUGGUGCAAUUGAAGCUCCACAAAUCAUAGAAAAAAACAAAACCCAUUUACAAUGGACUCUACUACAAUUAUGUUGGGAUUAGAUGAAAAUGAACAAGACAUAAAUGCCGCACUCCAACAAUUAGAAGACACAUUCGACACUCGCAGUGAAGCAUCCGACACAUCGGAGAAAGGCGCCACGAAAUCCUCAUCGGAGAAGCGCAAGAACAAAGGGAAUCACAACAACGACAGCAGUAUGAGUUCGGUAAGCUCGGGCGGAUCGUCGCCCAAAGCGAAACGACAACGUCACAAAAGUUCGAGUGAAAGUAAGGGAAACGGAGACAUUGGAAACAGCAAAAAACGGAGUGAGAGUCCCGAAGCGAAGAAGCAAAGCGCCGAGAGAGGAAGUGCAAGCAAAUCGUCGUACGAUUACAUGACAAAACUUACAUAUUUGUUCCGCGACGCCAGAUUUUUCGUGAUCAAAUCGAAUAAUGCGGAUAACGUGACGUUAUCCAAGACGAAAAAUGUUUGGGCAACAUUACCUCAAAACGAGGCAAAUUUGAAUCGGGCAUUUAAGGAAUGUCGAAAUGUAUUGUUGAUAUUUUCGGUUAAAGAGAGUGGCAAAUUUGCCGGUUUUGCACGAAUGAGUUGUGAAAGUAAGAGAAGCGGGCAAAACGUUGAUUGGGUUUUGCCUCCGGGGAUCUCAGCGAAAGCUUUGGGCGGUGUGUUUGAGAUUGAUUGGGUUUGUAAGAAGGAACUUUCGUUUACGUGCACGACGCAUUUGUAUAAUCCCUGGAAUGAAGGAAAACCCGUGAAAAUUGGGCGUGAUGGGCAAGAAAUUGAACCAAAAGUUGCUCAAGAAUUGUGUAAACUCUUUCCGGAAGACGAUGCAAUUGAACUAUUGCCAAUUUUGAAGAAGGCAAAGGAAUCGGGAAGGAUUCUCAGAGAAAAAGGCAUAAAGCCUAAUGUGAAUCGUCGACCUCCAAUGUCGUCGUCUCGUUCAAAUUCAAGUAGAGGAGGACGAGAUGCACGAAGUAUGAUGAUGAUGCGUGGAAGGAGAAAAUUCAUUCCCGGCGGAAAGAGAUCUUUAAAUGGGCCUCCGGGAGGUCCUCCCUUCAAAAAGCCAAUGAUGCAUCCGUAUUCUCGCGAUGGUCGAUUGCCAGGUAAGCUUCCUCGUUAUCCAAGUACAACAGCAGCUGCUGAAGCAUAUGUCGCCGAUUACAUGCGUCAAAUGCAACAUCAUCAAUUACCGCCGAUGCCCUAUGCGCCUCCGCCUGGAUUCCCGCAACUUCUUGAUGCACUUCCUCCGCCAUUGCCUCGCUAUUACGACGGAAGUCUUUCAUCUGAUUACCAUUCUUCAACGAUGCCCGGCGCUGUUCGACCUCCGCCUCCUCCAGCAUUUUUCAGCAGCAAAUCCUCCGCCGACCAUCGAUCUGAUCGUUCACAGCAUCAUCGCAACAACGAUUAUAACAACAGAUCCGACAAGGAACGUAAUAACGAUCGAAUUCCCGGACAAAAACGAAAAAUCGACAGAAAUAGUGGAAACGAUUGGAAUCAUCGGGGAAGCGAUCGCGGCGAUAAUAAAAGUCGCAAUUUUCGCGGAAGACGAUGAUUUUCCAAACUUUUUCACAAACGUCUUUCAGCAUAAAAAAAAUUACAGAAUAAUAUCUUUCAUUAAAAUCUCAUUCAUUCAAACGUUUGCAUGAUAAAACAUUCAUUCAAUCUCUCGAAUCAUUUACAUAUAUAUAUAUUUUCCUGAAGUUAUUUCCUUCGGGAAACAUUUGAAACUUAAACAUUUUUAUGUUUUUGCUUUCACCUUUUUUUACAACAUUUUUC